AUGGGCUGCAUCGGCUCCCGGACUGUGGGGAACGAGGUGAUUGCUGUGGACUGGAAGGGCCUGAAGGAUGUCGAUCAAAUCAACAUGGACAGCACCAGCUCCCUGCACGGGAGCAGCCUCCACCGGCCGUCUACCGAGCAAACACGGACGGAUUUCUCUUGGGACGGCAUCAACCUCUCCAUGGAGGACACCACAUCCAUUCUUCCGAAGCUUAAGCGAAACUCUAACGCCUAUGGCAUCGGCGCCCUGGCCAAGUCAUCAUUCUCAGGGAUCUCACGAAGCAUGAAGGACCACGUGACAAAGCCCACAGCCAUGGGGCAAGGCCGGGUGGCCCACAUGAUUGAGUGGCAGGGCUGGGGGAAGGCACCAGCCAUUCAGCCGCAACACAGCCACGAGUCCGUGCGCCGGGAUACAGAUGCCUACUCUGACCUCAGCGACGGCGAGAAGGAGGCCCGUUUCCUAGCAGGUGUCAUGGAACAGUUUGCAAUCUCUGAGGCCACACUCAUGGCCUGGUCUUCCAUGGAUGGUGAGGACAUGAGUGUCAACUCCACCCAGGAGCCAUUGGGCUGCAACUACAGUGACAACUACCAGGAGCUGAUGGAGAGUCAGGAUGCCCUAGCUCAAGCCCCCAUGGAUGGAUGGCCACACUCCUAUGUGUCCCAGGGCAUGUACUGCCUGGGCUCAUCGGAUGCCUGGGAAGCAAGCGAUCAGUCCCUCAUCGCCUCUCCAGCCACGGGAUCCUAUCUUGGCCCCGCAUUUGAUGACUCGCAGCCCAGCUUGCAUGAAAUGGGGCCUUCCCAGCCUGCCUCAGGAUACUCUGCUCAGGAGACUCCACCUUUGCUGGGGGGAGACACUGACUGGGCUACAAGCGUUGGAGGAGUGGACCUGGCAAGAGGCCCUGCCGAGGAGGAGAAGAGGCCAUUGGCCCCUGAGGAGGAGGAGGAUGCGGGAUGCCGGGACCUGGAAUCGCUUUCCCCACGAGAAGACCCUGAGAUGUCCACUGCUCUCAGCCGGAAGGUAUCUGACGUCACAUCGUCAGGUGUGCAGUCCUUUGAUGAAGAGGAGGGUGAAGCCAACAACUAG